CCUCCCCCCUCGGUCCUCGUCUCGAAUUGCUUUGUCCACGUAUUCGUACCUCCGUUGGGUCAUGCGGGGUAAGACCGCUGCUUCGUUAUCAAUCGAGGAUGGCCGCUCUCUUUGUUCUUCUGCUUUGACACCACCACAACCACCACCCACCCUCCCCCGUUGUGCCACCUCCCCACCAUCAUGAAGGUGAUCAUCAUCGGCGCCGAAGUCGACGGCCUCAUCUGUGCGAUCGCUUGCCAGCGGGAGCAAUUAGACGUACUUGUUCUCGAACAAGAGGCAGAGAUCGAGGUAAGGUGGAAGGAGGACGAGGGCGUGGCAGCAAGGGCUUGUUUGCUGAAUUUCCGCGCUCGCCUGCAGGUCAAUGCCGGUAUCCAGAUCCCUCCCAACGGAGCCCGAAUCCUGCACCAACUGGGUCUUCUCGAGGCUGUGGCUCGCAAGGGGACUAGGACAGAGUAUCUGGAUCUCAGACGCUUUCAUGAUGGCGCGUUGAUUCGGUCGAUGCCGUGGGGGGAACCGGUGCGCCAGGCUUACGGGAGACCGUGGCUUCAUAUCACCCGGGCGGACUUUCUCGACGUCCUACUCGACAAAGCGCGACAAUUAGAGAUAGACAUCCGGCAUCAUGCCGUCGUGGAGGAGAUUCAUUGCGGCAGCGCCGAGGUGGUUCUGAAGGAUGGAGCUCGGAUUCAGGGAGAUGUGGUGGUUGGAGCCGAUGGGAUCUACUCCAAAACUCGCGACACAGUCUUGAACCAGCCAUGCCCGCCCAGCCCAGCCAACGACAUCGCCUACCAAGCCACCAUCUCCCGAUCGGCGCUGAAAGCCCUCAACGCCGGCCACCUCGACGAGCUCUGCUCCAAGACCAAGAUCACCACCUGGCUAGGCUCCGCGCAGCAUACCGUCUUCUUCCCCGUCCGGCAGGGAGAAGAGUAUAUGCUUGUCACCUACCACACCCACAGCGCUCCUCCAGCAGCAGCAGCAGUAGUAGCAGCAGCAGCAGACGGUCUCUCCCAGAUGCAAGCACUGCAUCAAGGCUGGGACAUCCGACUCCAAACCAUCCUCGCGCACGCAACCUUCUUCUCCCAAACCACCCAGCACACCCUUCGCACCCUCCCCACCUGGACCAAUGCCCGCCUCAUCCUCCUCGGCCCCGCCAGCCGCAUCAUCCCGUCCUACCAAGCCCAAGACCUAGCCGCCACCCUCGAAGACGCCGCCGUGCUCAGCACGCUUCUCGGCCUCCUCGCCCACCAUAACCCAGAGCCCCGCCUGCUGCCGCGCCUGCUGCCGGAGAUCCUCGCCCUCCACGAGACCCUCCGCAAGCCGGCCGCCGUCCAGGCCGUCCAGGACGGCCUGCUCAGCCGCCGCGUGCUGCAGGUCGGCCAUCCGGUGGGCCAGGCCCUCCGCAACUGGUUCCUCGGCGGGGCGGGCAUCACGCGCGACACGGACGCCGGGUGGUUGAAGCUGGUCUCGGCGCAGCAGGAGCCAAGGCUAGGGGGCGGGCUCCUCGGCGAGACGAGGGCGCGGUUCGAGGCGUGGAGGACGGAGCGGCUGCCGCUGUUGCUGGCGGCGGAGUCGAGGUCGUCGGCGGGAUACGGCAUUGGACGGAAGCGGUUGCGGUGUUGGACGUAUUGACUUUCAUGCCGCGGACCGGUGCAUAUGCGAAGAAGGUCCCCCGUCCAGUGGGGGUGAGGUAGGUAUUUCUUUUGGGGGGUGUUUGUUUCGUCUGAACUCAGAUCCUCAAUUCAAGACCGAAC